AGCUUUUGGGUACUUGGAAAAAUAACAACAAUCUUGUAUAAACGUUCAGCAGAGGCCCAGAAAUAUAUUUUGCUGACGUCUAGCGAGCCGCGACACUGUGUUUUUAUUAGUUAUGUCGAGCCAUUUUCAAGUCGCCUAUGGGGACUCGAGUCAGUAUCACCGAAAUUAUAGGCUACUACAUAGUAUACAAUAGUUACUGCCUGCUCCCAAACAUAAUUUUGUUUUGAAAGUUGAAACCGGGCGUCCAUUGUUCUUCCUGAGUAGCUUGAUACUAGCGAUUGAGGUGGAGGCAGUGAGCUUGCGACAGAAAAACAAGCGAGACAGGUCGAGCAAUACAUAGUCGGUCCAUGUUUUAAAAGAAAGAAAUUAGUAAUAUCCAUGGAUAUGUGAAUCUUUGAAAAACGUUAUUUCUGUCACCUUUAUGCGGGCUUAGUCUCUUAUUGUUUGGUACAUUGGUUUCCAUUUUGGCGUGCUGACUGUCGCCGUUUGCCCAUUCUCACUGGAGUGAACACUAAGGGAGACUCCAUGAAAGAUGACAGAGGAGGUGAUUGUUGUAGCCAAGUGGGACUACACGGCCCAGCAGGAUCAGGAACUUGACAUCCGUAAAAAUGAGCGUCUUUACCUCCUGGACGACUCCAAGACGUGGUGGCGUGUCCGCAAUGCCGCCAACCAAACGGGGUAUGUGCCGUCAAACUACGUCGAGCGCAAGAACAGCCUGAAGAAAGGCUCGCUGGUGAAGAACAUCAAAGACACACUGGGUUUAGGAAAAACGAAGAGGAAGACGAGUGCCCGAGAUGCUUCCCCAACGCCAAGCUCAGACACAGAGUAUCCCUCCAAUGGCAGCGGGGGUGGAGGGAUGGGAGGAGGAGCUGCUGAGAGAAUCUACGACCUCAACAUCCCAGCUGUGGUCAAGUUUGCCUACACAGCAGAGAGGGAUGACGAGCUGACCCUGGUCAAAGGCUCCAAGGUUAUCGUGAUGGAGAAGUGUAGCGACGGCUGGUGGCGGGGCAGUCAGGCUGGCCGCAUGGGCUGGUUUCCCUCCAAUUACGUCCAGGAGGAACUCGGAGGAGCUGAUGACAGAGAGGGAGAUUCCUCACGGAGUUACCAGGGAGGGACUUUGUUGGCCAACGGGCGUGCAGGGGGGCGUGGGGGAGCGCUCCACCUGGUUCAGACGCUCUACCCCUUCAGCUCUGUAACAGAGGAGGAGCUAAACUUUGAGAAGGGAGAGGUCAUGGAGGUCAUGGAGAAGCCUGAGAAUGACCCAGAGUGGUGGAGGUGUAAGAACUCACGUGGCAUGGUAGGUCUGGUACCUAAAAACUAUGUGAUGGUGCUGGACGAGCGGCUGGGCCUGCCCUCCUCUAUGUCAAGUUCCCCGCAGAACCGCGUCUUGGCACCGGCACGUUCAGGGAAGUUUGCAGGGAGGGACUGGUACUACGGCAACAUCACCAGACACCAGGCUGAGUGUAUACUGAAUAAGAGAGGAGAGGAGGGCGACUUCCUCAUACGUGACAGUGAGUCAUCGCCCAGUGAUUUCUCCGUCUCUCUGAAGGCAGUGGGUAAGAAUAAACACUUUAAAGUGCAGCUGUCAGAUGGAGUGUACUGUAUCGGCCAGCGCAGGUUCAACUCCAUGGACGAACUAGUGGAGCACUACAAGAAAGCCCCCAUCUUCACCAGCGAACAUGGAGAGAAGCUGUACCUGGUCAAAGCGCUGCUGUGAUUCACACAUCUUCACCCCUACACUGGGUGUCACACACACUCACACACACACAGUACUAAUGCCACUCCCUGACUGUCUUAACUCAAGCCUUAGCUCUGGACCCUCCUGCUGUGGCAUCUGUGCUACAUCCAGAUCCUCAGUCGCUCCAGUUUCAUCUGUCGCCUUCCAGUGGCGACCAGGUGAAAUUCUCUCUAGCUCUACAUCGAGCAGUUUACUGCAAGACAGUGCACUAUGUCACCCAGCAUCCUUCACGUGCAGCACAGUGCAUAAUAAGCCUCUCCAUUUUGGAUGCACUAACAUGCAGUGACCACACCUGCUGCUAAUAGAAUGCCUGGGGCCUUGUGGGGGUUGAGCUUUCCUUCUGAUGUCAUAUAUAAUGUCUGUUUAUUACCAUGCAUAUUGUAGGUUGCACCAUUGCUCUUAAUCCACACAGAAGGACAGACACUGUACAGGUCAGAGGACUGACCUCUGAAGGACCUUACUCUGCGGUGUCAGAUUGUUAGCCAUUGUUUUGUCAAUUUUUUUUCCCUCCCUGAAUUAACUUUUGCUUUUCAAAAGGUUAUUUAAAAUCCUCUCUAGAGGGUUGUUGCUCUUUCAGUGACUUCACAAAGUGACCAGAGUGACUCGUUUUUCUAAUUUUCACAAUUACUUGCCCCAUUUGAAAUUAUGUUUUCAAAUUCCUCUUUGUUUGUACCUCUGCAGAUCCAGUCAUUAUUAGUGACGUUACUGAACAUCUGGAUACAAAACUUCCUAUAAUAUUCCUAAAAGGCGGUAGGAGAAGCAUUAAUGCAAUAUGGGCGAUUUUUGAAUUCCAGUAGAGUUUGAAUGUUUGUCACUAUAACCAAAUGUGCCACCAUGUACCCGUACUACUGGCCCCAGAUCUGCUCUGCACUCACCGUACCUGGCAAGCAUCAUGUCACAUUGAACUUGUUCCUGUUCUCCAGUAUGUGUCUGUAGUUACAUGAGGAUACUGACUGAAUAAGAAGAUAAUAAUAAUAAUAAUAAAACUUUCAUCACACUUUUGAAUAAAACAGCUUAAUCUGCUCCUGGGAAUGAAUGCUGGUAGAAAAAGUAACUCUUCUAAUGAUAGAUAAUUAUCUCUUUGUGACUCUUGUGAUUACAGAGAAUUUUUCAGAAAGUGUCAUUAUAUACAAAAACUGUACAAUGUAGUGUUUGACUGACUGAAACCUCAACAGCAAAUUAAGGUGCGGCUGUGAUGAAUCACAGAUGAUCAUCCUUAAGUUAAUAAGAAUUCUGAAAUACUACAAAUCCAUGGAACUAAACCCCCUCCCCCGAACAGCAAAUCAGUACUUUUAAAACUACAGAAUCCGAGGGAGUGCAUCUUUAUUCAAAUUACUUCCAAACAAAAAACCUGAACUAUAGAGUCGGCCUUGGUCUGAAAUUGAGUACCAGCUGUUUCGAGUGCUAAAUCUACCCAAAUUAACAUUUCUGCUGAGGGUGGGGCUUAACGACUGGCCACUGUCAAGAAACUGUUCGGUUCGUAAUGAAAAAGUCUGGUUCUACCAAACGGUUUCCUUGUCCAUUUUCGUUUGCUAUGUGCAUCUGUUUACCAGUGGAAGUGUUGUUGAUCAUGGGGUUCUCAGCUUUUAUCUGAUAUAUCUGAAUGUUAUUGAACAUUAUUUAAUUCUUGUCUCCACUGUAUGUAUAUAGUCAAAAUAAGAUGAGGUGCAUAUACGAAUUGUUAAAAUCCAACUAUGGUACUGUAUCACCGACAACAUGAUGAGAAUUGAAAUACUUUUGUUCAAUAAAAAUUUUGGAAGAAUACUAAA